AUGAUGAGGUUGCACUUUCUGGCCUUACAUGUUUCAUUUUCUGAUAGAAAGGACUUACUCACCGUUGGAUCUUUCUUUUCCAAAACAUUCUGUGCUAAUCCAACGGUUUAAAAAAGGUUAAAAAAUGAGGAGAGUUUUAUUAUGUUUAGGGCAUAUCCACAUAGAAAAAGGGGAACCAAAGAGGAAAGUUGUUUCUGUUCGUAGGUUCACGAAGCUAACUCCCUCGAACUGAACAGAGAAGCAGAUGAAACCGACGCCUGCCGGAAGUAUCAGCUCCAGCGGUGGUAGUGGUGGUGAAGGGAAUCGAGCUGGACUUGCCCGCUUCCGCUCAGCGCCAGCCACCUGGUUGGAAGCUCUUCUCGAGGAAGACGAAGAGGACCCAUUAAAACCUAACCAGUGCUUGACUCAGCUACUCACCGGCAAUUCCUCCACCAUACCCACCCUUCGAAUCCCAUUAUCUUUUCCUAACUCGCCCGAUCCAGCUGGGUUGUUUGAACCUUCUGGCUUUCAGAGACAAAACAGUUCUCCAGCUGAUUUUCUUGGGAAUAACUCGGCUGCUGCCUCUGAUGCAUACUUCCCUAACUUUGGAGUUGCUGCAAAUUAUGAUUAUUUAUCGCCAAAUAUGGAUGUUUCUCCCUCCAGUAAGAGGGCUAGCGAGCUUGAUACGCAAUUCUCACCCGCAAAGUUUCGUUCCCAGUUGAAAGGAGAGCCAAGUGAUCAGAUUUCUGGUGGGUUAUCAAACCUUUUAGACUUAGAUAUGGAGAAACUUUUGGAGGAUUCGGUGCCUUGCAGGGUUCGCGCCAAGCGCGGUUGCGCGACUCAUCCUCGAAGCAUUGCAGAAAGAGUUCGGAGAACAAGGAUUAGUGACCGCAUCAGAAAGCUUCAAGAGCUUGUACCCAACAUGGAUAAGCAAACCAACACUGCAGAUAUGCUGGAAGAGGCGGUAGAAUACGUUAAAUAUCUUCAAAGGCAGAUUCAGGAACUCACCGAGCUUCAAACGAAAUGCAAAUGCAAAACUAAAGAUUGAUUGGCUACCAAGAGCUUAUCGUAAUUAUCAGCUUUAUAACCGUCUUGCCGAAGUACACUAUGGUUGUUUUCGGAUAAGGUUAGCUGGUAGAACCACAAUGUAAUUACUAGAUUUACCACUUGCCUUCUUCGGCAUGCAAUACGCAGAUGUGGAUACUUAUGAAGCUACGAUAGCUAUAGAGUUGAUGUCGAGACCUCUGCUUUGCUUGGACUUGCCUACUACUGCACCUUGAAGAUCACUUGGUAUAAUUGUAGUUGUACAAUAUUAACGUAGACUAUAAAGUAUGAUUUUUUAUUAACGACAUAAUAUAUAAUUUUUAAUAAAGUUAUUAGUUUCUCAUAAUUCUUACUGUAUAUGUAGACGAGUUGUAUUCAAUGAAAAUUUCUAUUUACUUUU